ACGAUCAUGCCUCAGCUUUCCGCUGGUAUCUUUACGCACGUAUCUUUUAGUAGGGAUUAAGGCCUAGCUAUCUCAAGUGUUAACAACUAGGCCGUCUAUAUCUGUGAUUUAAAGGUUGAAUAUCACAGUGGGAAGAGUCACUUUCCAAUGAAACCACGAAUGCAUCAUCAAGCUAGUUUGCACGUCACUGCGAAUACACCUUCAACCUGGAAUAGUUUAAAACGAUUUUGGUUUUACUUCAAUUAAUGAUCUUCAAACUUCGCUUAACUGAAUGACGCAACGGGGAAUACGCAGGAGAGGGUGAAACACGCUGAGUGGCGUUUUGGGGUGGAUAUUUUCUUGUGGCGAAUGACCUGCAAUUAUGGGCCUGAAUUUAUCGAAUGGACAGAAAUCGCAAGAAGGACAAACAUUAGAUGUUGCAAGUGACGAUAAGAUUUUGAAACACAUGAAGGAUGUGAUACGCGGGAAGAAUGGCCUAGAUAUUCAAAGAGAGGAUGAGGACGACCCUUUCUUUGUGGUCGAUCUUGCGGACAUCGAGAUGAAACACAAACUGUGGAAACGGGAGUUUCCCAACGUGCAACCAUUCUAUGCUGUUAAAUGCAACGCCGACAGGAGAGUAGUAGAAACAUUAGCCAAUCUUGGAGCAGGUUUUGAUUGUGCUAGUAAGACGGAGUUACGUCAGGUUCUUGAUAUGGGCGUUCACCCCGAUCGGAUUAUCUAUGCAAACCCAUGUAAAGCCAUAUCCCAUCUUAGAUUUGCCAAGAAGAACGACGUCAGACUCAUGACAUUCGACAACGAGGAGGAGAUCAUAAAAAUAAAGCAAGUCUUUCCAACUGCAAGAUUGGUCUUACGGAUUUGGGCCGAGGACAAGACUGCUGUGAUCCCUCUCUCGGUGAAGUUUGGUUGCCCACUUCAUGAAGUUCGCCGGUUAUUGGAAGCAGCGAAAAAUCUAGACCUGGCCGUGGAAGGUAUAUGUUUUCAUGUUGGUAGUGGAAGCGGUAACCCCGAAUCGUACUACGCCGCCAUACGAGAUGCACGAACAGCCUACGAUAUCGGCAACGACAUCGGACAUGAUCUUCGUAUUAUUGAUAUAGGAGGAGGUUUCCCGGGAAAGAGUCAUCAUCCAUCCCUUUCGAAAAGUUAUUUAAAGUUUUCUGCUGCUGCACGGAGCGCAAUCGCCGAAUACUUUCCUGAUUCAAAUAACCAGAAUCCGCGGAUAAUCGGCGAGCCGGGCACGUUUUACGUCGAGUCGGCCUUUUCCCUCGCCGUUUGUGUGAUUGGAAAACGGGACCUUAUUAAGAAUCCAUUCUCAGCUCCGAAAGAUGAAAACUGGAACGAUAUAAAAGAUAUCAGCGCAACCCCCGAAGUGGCUUAUUAUAUCAGCAAUAACGUGUAUUCAACACUUGGAGAUUCAUUCCUUAUCGGUGCUAAGUUUGAUGCUAAGGUGUUAAAGAGUUCAAAUAAUGACGGAAGCGAGAGACCAUCUGUUCUGUGGGGUAAUACCACGAGCAGGGUGGACUGCGUGAGGCGACACUGUCUUCUACCAGAGCUGGAAGAGGGUGACUGGUUGGUUUUUAGAGAUAUGGGUGCAUACGCAGUGGCAAUCUCAUCAGAAUACAGCGGCUUCAAAUUACCUGUAUGCUACUCCGUCCCGCCUAGGACGAAUGAACAGGUCAAGAAAGCGAAAAAUCAUGGAGGGCAUUGCAGAGCUGGUGUUUCAAAUGAAAUACAUUAACAUUUGACAUGUUAAAAGAAAAAAUUGUAAAAGGUAUUACGAGUAAUUUCAUUUAUUCUAUUAUCCCUGUAUUUAUAUUUCAGAAGAGACAUGCAAUAGAACGUUAAUGUUUGUUAUUCCUGGUUAUUGUCAUCUUACUCUUACAAUCAAUUAUCAAUGUUACACUAUAAUUUUUGAAUUUUUUUAAUCCAAUGUUAUAAUCAUAAUCGAGAAUGAUCCUAUUUCUUUGGAUUUUAAUCAAUACAAUUUGAAUUGAAUAGUUAGACUCCCCCCACCCGAUUUAUUUUUUUCUACUCACUUUUUAAAAACCACAUUUUUUUGGUGAAACUCUCACCUCAUAUUUAGUCCUUUCGCUUCGAACAGUGCAAUUAUCUUAGCUAGGUUUGUAUUUUUCCCUCUUCAUGCAUCUUGCUAAAAGCAUACACUGCCGGUAUAAAUAAAGUGAUUUUUGAGGAAUCAUAAAAGCCCACAGUACUUUCAACAUAAUGAUGUUUUCAAAUUUAUGGGGUUUUCCCCCUCUGCUAAAUAAUUAUAAUGUUAUCCAAUUCUUCAACAUAUAUUAUGCUUUUAUCAUAUCACUCGAUGUAAAUAAUAUUUUCCUAGAUGUUGUACUGAUGUUGUAAACACCAAAGAUUGCCUGUUCUUUACGUUUUAUUGCCAUUCUAUUUUUUCUGUCGAUAUUCAAUUACCUGACUUUUCUAUAUUUUAUUGAAAUUGCAUGAACUGGGAGACUGAUUCCAUGAAGAAUUAUUAAUUGUACAUUUAUCACUUGCAUUAUAGUUAUUUAUAUGAUGUUAAUCUCAUGGUUUCAGAAAAGUAUUUGAAGGUGCAUAUCUUUCACUGGGUGCAGUGCUAUAAUUAUCUUUCGAUUACCAAAGAAUGUGAUAAUCAUAGAUUAUUUAUGACUAAAAGUUGUGUUCAUGAAUUUCUUGCCUUUUUUCCAUCUAAUAGAAGAGUAAGAAUGAAUUAUUUUGAUAGGGCGUUAUGCACUCGUAUCAAUUUUCGCGAUAUAAAGAGCACAAUAAAUAUAUAUGCCCUCUUUGUUACAAUAUCUGACUUUAGUAAAAACGCCCUCAUGGUUAAAAACUAUGGUUAGAAUGUCAAUUGGUGAGAAUAUCGAUUGGUUAGAAAGUUGUAUAGACUUUGAAAAAACUGCUGCUACUGCUGCUAUACCACUACGUCUACGAUGACGCUGACAAUGAUGACGACUAUUACUAAUAAUGAUACUAAAAUACUAUUAUUAUUCCUACUGCAAAUAAUACGCAAUACCAAAAUGUUUUCAUGAGAUUUAAUUAUUACCUAACCUUUAAUGGUUUGUUAGUUUUUCAUAAUUGCGAGGAAGUGUACUUUUAUCAAUGUCGUGGUUUAUCCUAUGUGUAUAAAGUAAUUAUAUGAAUAUUUAUAUUUUAGAGGAGAAUUAUACAUGUAUUUCAAAGAUUCAGCAUAACUGUGCCGUGCAAAAGAUUGAACUAAAUAAAGGUGAAAGAGUCCCAUUUAUAUUCAUUCAAAAUAAUGGGAGAA